CUCAAGUUCGCUGUAAAAAAGGGAAAUUUGUAAGAUUCUUGAACUUUUCCGUGAGUUUUGUGAUAAAGAUAUAGGCAAUAAGAGCAAAUUAGCAUCAUUUGCAAAUCCCACCGUCGUUCCCGUUGGAAAAGUAGGCCGGGAAAGUGGAAGAAACUUGGGGAACUGCAGCGCGAAAGACCCCUAAAAAGACGGGGCUGAAACCAGGAAAAAAGACUCUACAUCGCCACCGGAACCGGAGCAGGACCAACCCCAGAGAGUACAGAAAUCUGCCGCAGAGAUCCGGGUGCCUCGAAAGGAAAUCCCCAGAAACCGCCUGGAGCUCAUGGCAAGGUCCUGCGAAUAAGAUUACGGAUAGCUGAUAUCAAAGGGGAACGAACAGAUUGCACCAAAUCGGUCCAUCUCAUAGCCGGAAAAUUCGUGCCGAGAAAUAGUAGUCAAACUAGAGUAGCUUGCGAAGGCCCAGGAGGCUGGAUUCGAAAGCUGUACUGGGGUACAUCCAUCUCUCGCAGAAGAAAAAGAUGAUCGCUAGCUCAAAUAAUCAGCAGAAGAGAGCUCCUUUUGUGAAUUUCCGGACUGUGCCUCGAUAAUCUUAGUUCAAGAUUCCGUAUAAAAUGCGACAGUGUGUUGUAAGUUGACGGGUAUAGAUUCCGAGCUGGAAUCCCUUUCGCCGAUGUGUCUUAUUGUAGUGACUGUUACCGUGAGAAACCAUGGAACCGAAGAAAACUAUUGACGGAGUACCGGAUGCCGUCUGCACGGAACGAAUCCGUUUCCGGAAGCUACGCUCACAAAACAUUAUCCACCGGUUACGGGAGCGCGAGUCCGGUGUGAGGCACCGCACACCGAUGCACGUCGUACGGGAGCUGUACCAGAACGUGUAUCCCAAUCUAACGGUAGUAAAUGUCGAGCGGCCACCCUGCUAUCUACGAAAGUUUAGCCCGGAUGGCAAGUACUUGAUCGCGUUCUCGUCCGAUCAAGCCGCACUGGAAAUCUACGCGUAUCAGGGCUGUUCCGCGGCCGGCGAUCUACUGCAGGACUGGGAUGACACCGAGCUUAUUGCGGACUAUGGGCCGGGCGUUAAUUACGACAUACGGAGUCAAAUUUUCGAUCGACUGUUUAAGCUAAAGCAUGUGGUAAACUUAGAAAACCACGAGAAACACCUGAACCGCGAGUGCAGCCUUUUCACGAACGAUGGACGGUACGUGAUCGUUGGGGCCGCCUCGUUUAUACCGGAAGAAAACCGACCCCAUUUCUACGAACUAUACACCAACAAUGAGGUCAUUAAACCGACCGCUAGUGUCCCGCUGGAAGAUUACACGCUCUACAUCAUCGAUCUACACUUUGGCCGCAUAUCGGACUCACGGGAUUUCCGCGUCGAUAAGAUCAUUCUGUCACACAAUCAGGGCGUCUAUCUGUACAAUAACACGCUCGCGAUACUGUCGAUUCAGCACCAGACGCUGUACGUGUUCUCGAUCGCUGAGGGUACCUUCAUCAAGGAGCGCACGAUAGGAAGGUUCUGCAGCGUGGAAGAUGACUUCCUUUACACGAACGCGGUCGCCCAAGAGCGGAUGGGUGCUCCAGUGCCAAGGGCUUUCCGCGAACCGGCUAUCAACAGUCUGAAGCACCGUAUUCUGGUGUUUCUGUACCAGCGGGCGAAGGCACGAGUGGACAGUGGGAAUGACCCGCUGGCGCUGCGAAAAUUCUAUCGCCGGUUCGACGAUGUGCGCGAUCUGCGCAUGUGGAAGAUGCAGCUACUGGAUGAUGACCAUCUGUUCAUCAAGUACGCACACGAGGACGUCGUUACGCUGAAGGCCCACGAACCGAAUAGCCAGCAUUCGAUGUUCGUCAUCUAUCACAUCUGGCAGAAGCAGGUCAUUGCCGUGUACACGAACCAGUCGACGCAGCUGCUGGAACUAUACGAGCAGUUCUGUGAUAGCUUCCGCAACGCAAAUCACAUCCACCGGACACCGUUCACCUGCUCACCGAGUAACAACAUCUACAGCAACCUGUUGCACCAGCGCUUCAAGCAAACAAUGAUCGGCGCACGCGGCGGUGGCGUGCUCGAGGCGACGAAGCGUAUCCUGGCGCAGUUACCGAUCAGCGCACAGAGCUACAGCAGCUCACCCUACCUCGAUCUCGGCCUGUUCAGCUACGAUGACAAGUGGGUAUCGGCGAUGGAGAGACCGAAGGCGUGUGCCGAAUUUCCGAUUCGAUUCUUUGGCCGGGAAUCGGGGCUGCUCAAGUUUCGCAUCUAUGCCGGUAUGCACGGCCAGCAGCUGAACAACUCCUGCACUCGCCGUCUGGUGGCGUUCAUCUUCCAUCCCACCGAACCGUUCGCGAUCAGCGUGCAGCGUAUUAACACGGAUUACAUUGCAAACUUCCACCUGCGGCAUGCGCCUAGUUCAGGGGAAGAAACGCUACACAGCCGAUAGCCGGCACUCCGGAUACUUGCCAGCGUUUUCGAAGCAAUAAAACAUUU